GUUGAGCCAGCUGCAACAUCCACUGCUUGUGAAUUCACAGAGGAAGGCCCUCGAGCAUUAGAGGCCCUUCCGAAUUUUCCAGACGAUUUUGCCAUCAGCCAUGUUGACCAACGCCGAGGGGGUGUUGGCAUGGUUUUAGAGAUUUUUGCCGGGACGUGUCGCCUUAGCCAGGCCUGCCGUAAGCAUGGUAUGGAAGCCUUGUCCGUAGACAAAGACCCAAAGAGGUCCGAGCAAGCGCCAACUUUUGACCUAGGUAAGACAGAAGAUUACGCUGCUCUGAUGAGUUUUGUCGACCACGAAAGCUCUCGAAUUGUUCAUGCUCACUUUGCCCCGAGUUGUGGGACUGCAUCUCGUGCCAGAGAAAAGAAAAUCAAGGGCAUUGACAACCCGCCCAAGCUGUUGCGGUCGGAUCUGAAGCCGGACAGAUUGGACGGCCUUGACGCUAGGGACCAGCUUCGAGUCAAGAUAGCCAAUGAUGCUUAUGAUAGUAUGGUCAACAUGUUGGAAAGCCUAGCCCUUCAGUGCGAUAACCAGCACAAGCAUAAAAGUUGGCGACCAUCCCUGGUGGAUGGGCGAAUGGUUUUCCCGACCGCUGAAGAAGCAGCGUAUCCACGCCUGCUUUGUGAUAGACUAGCAUCGCUGUUCGUUCAAGAGUCCAUUGAGCGUGAAUUUAAGCCAGUAGAAUCUUUGCAUGAGCAACUUCAAGCUGACAUUGACUGUGGGAAGAGAAAUCUCUUCUCCUACCAGUCAAGAAGUACUUCUUUGAAACCUUUGGUCCCUGAGUGGGGCGCCACUCGCAUAGUUCUGGUCCCAGUCACAGCAGUGCCGGACAGUAAAGUGCUAGCCCACUUCCCCAAAGGUUCACAGAUCAUUCGUCGUUUUCUUUGGCGGGGGUUUAAGCGUGACGAAUGGAAAAGUGCAAUGCUGAUUGAAACUAUACCACCAGACUGUCCCUUUGAAGCUUUGACGGUUGGAGUGCCGUUGAACCCCGAGGACUUCCUUGUAGCAGCAGUGAAGGCGGGGAGAAUCCUCGAAGGCAAAAAUCUUCUGUUGUGGAAAGAGAUGUUGGUGGACCUCAAGUACCCGGACGCUGGCAUCAUUGACGAGAUCAUUGCAGGUUUCCCCAUCACGGGAUGGGCACAGUCUUCAGGUGUCUUCACCUCCAAAGUUAGACCACCAACUAUGUUGAUCGACGACUUCAGCAUCUGUGGUGUGAACUCCACCUUUGGCAUGACAGAGAAGUUGAGGGUGGAAUCUGUAGAUGAAGUUUGCGCUUGUAUUUCCAUCGCCAUGACGGAAAUGAGGAGAGCAGGUGCCGAGGCCAAGAUCUAUGGGAGAACCUUCGACUUAAAGUCAGCCUAUAAACAGUUUUCACUUGACGAGGAGCAUGUUCAAAAAACAAAAAUCGCCAUCAAAAGUCCUGACAAGCAGGUGUCCUUUUUCGAUGUGUUAGCGCUGCCCUUUGGUGCUACGGGCAGUGUUGCUGCUUUUCUCCGCAUCUCGUCAGCGGUGUGUUACAUCGGGAAGGUAGGGUUUUUGAUACCAUGGACGGCAUAUUUUGACGACUUCACGGCAAUGGCCCCUGAAGGUUUGCUGAGCGAGACCACCUUCUUCGCAGAGAGCUUGUUCCGGAACACCGCCAACGGUACCUUUGAACUUGGCCACACGGAAGAGAGGAGGAGCGAAUCGAAAGCUUCAAUCGAGGCUUUGCUCGGAAGUGGUGGGCCGAUCAAAACAAAGUCACUCGAGCAGCUUCAUGGCAGGCUUGUAUGGUUCCGGUCCUUUGUCUUUGGCCGCAAGCUGAAUUGGGCGGUGAGAGUGGUCUCGAAGUUCUCCAGGACUCACGAGAAGCGAGUUGGCCUCACUGACUCCUUGGUUGCGGCCUUGAAAUGUCUUGAUGGGUUUCUGAGUACUUGCCAGAACGUGAAGGUUGGUGUUGAUAUCUCGGCGACUUGGGUCGUAUUCACAGAUGGGGCCUACGAGCCGGAUCAAAAUUUUCCUGCGACAGUUGGAGGGGUGUUGGUAAACCCACAGGGCCAAGUGGUUUCCUACUUUGUGGAGGUGUUGCCCCAAAGCCUGCUGAGCGAAUUCCUUGAGGCUUCUCGACACCCCAUAUAUGAGUUGGAAAUUUUUCCUGUCGUGAUUGCGGUGAGGUUGUGGGCCAAACACCUGGCCGGCAACUUUGUGGUUCAUUAUCUUGAUAACAAUGCGGCGCUUGGGGCCUUCAUUCGUGCAGAUUCUGCGACUGAACUUGGCAAGGCGUUGCUGAAAGGGUUGGACUUCACAUCGGUCUAUUUGAGGGAUGCAGCUAAAAGUGAACCUUCUCUUCCAGCGCACUUGGUGGACUGGGGUAUUUCACGGGGUCAAGUGACUACAAGUUCUCCUCCUGCAGGAGCCAAAAGGCCAUCGGAAGCGGAGUGGUACAGUGCCACAUCAGGAGUUUGUGACAGCAUGUACUUGCAUCACAUAGUGAACUUUAUCACAGGGGGCGAUGUGGAGAAGAUCAUCCUGCAUGUCGAUAACUCAGCAGUUCGAAUGCUUUCACUGAAAUGUGGUUCAGGUCGUCUACGACACGUUCAUGGUCGAUACCUGUGGCUUCAAAGCAAAGUGUCAUCUGGGCAUUUGACCAUCAAACAAGUGAAAACUUUAUACAACAUUGCCGACCUCAACACAAAGCCACUGCCAAGGGAGCGUUUUAUGGCACUGUUGUUCAUGCUUGGGUUUGUGAACAAUGAAGGACGUGUGGGAGAAGAUGCAUUCACACAGAUGCAGUCAAGGGAGGUCGUGAAACUGCAUGUGAAGUCCAUUCACAAAACUGUCCUUGAAGAUGACAGGAUGCAUAGAUCGAUAAAACAUGAGCAGAACAAAUUCACGAAGCAGAUUCUUCGAAUCCUGUCCACGUUCAGCUUGGUGCAGUUGAGUGAAGGUGCCUACUACUCACCAACUAUUCACAUCUCAGGUAUUCCCUCAUGCAUCAUGAUUGUUAUUUUGAGUCUGUGUCAUUCGAGAGCAUUUAUCUUCUUUUUGAGCCUGGUUGCAAUGUUCAUCUGUGCAGACGGUACGGAAGAUCUCGAGCGUGAAUCAAAGGCCUUGAGCCCUACUGAAUUCAAGUGUGUGUUGGGUGUUGGAGGAGUCCUUUUCAGCAGCAUUGGAUACAUGAUUUCUGGAAGUUCAAAUGCAGAUGGUGGAAGCUCUGUGGAUGAACCUUAUUCAGAAGAGCAAGAUCACAGUGAUGAAGAAGACCAUAAUUCUCGUGAACAGGCCAAUGGCAUUCAUGGUGAGCUGAUCAGCAUCUUCGAGUAUUGUGAGGAAAAUGGUGUGGAUGCAGAUCAAGUUCGAUUUGUCAAUAUUCUUUUUACGGCACUUCAGAACAUGGACAAUGAAUUUGCAGUUCGAUUCGAAGAGACAGUCGAGGAGUUGAUGGUCGAAGACUUUCUGCCAACUCAUAUUCCAUCAAACUUGGAAACCUUGGAUUUGGCUCCACCUUUCGAACCUCACAGUCCUGAAGACAUGAUUACUUGGAUGCUGGGGGGAUGUGACAUGACCGGCGAUUCUGGUUUUUUGGAUGUGGUGCCUAGAGAUGUCGAACUGUAUGGAGGUUCUUCUUCUGGUUCUGCAGUUAUUUGCGACAAUGGCAUGAGUUCGUAUGGUCUGCCUAUCAACUUACACAAUGGAACGGGCGGAAUGGUGAUGCCAGAGAGUGUUUCAUCCAAUUUUGACGAGUCGGUGAUUGUUGCCUCCCCAACUAGUGACUCUCAGCAAGGGGCAAGUGAGGCGACAGAAGGCAUUGAUGAAGAUGUUCAACAUCAGGCCAUCGCCAAUCCACAGCCUCUACCGACCACAAUGGAUGCCUCAGCUUAUGAUCGUUUUCUUCAUGAAGCUCAUCUACAAAAUAAUCGCAAGUGUAUGCCUCAGCUGCCGUGGGAAACGGGAAUACUAGCUGCAAUUUUUGGAGACGAGCAAUCCAUUCAUUGCCGUGUCCCGAUACCUGCUGUGGUUCCUGCUCCGGCUUUGGGGCAGUCGUCUCGUGAUGACUAUCAAGAUGUUGACAUGCCAUCAAGUGCUUCAAAACGAAGAUGUACCACAAGAUCUGGGAGAUUUGUGUCAGUGGCAGAACCGACUGCCGGGCCGGACCAUGAUUCCGAAGAAGUUCAAGUUGAACCUGUACACGACGAACUCAAGACAUCGGGAAGCUCUUCAGCAGUGGAAGAGGAGUUGAAUCAGAAGUUUGACAAAGCCGCGACAUUGGAUUAUGAGGGCCCACUGUACCAGCAUAAGAAGAGCAGAGUGCUGCACAAACCUCACGAACAGGGUGGACGGCUUCUGUGUGGAAGGAGCAUUGGUGUGGCUUACAAUUUCUUGUCACGAGGCUCAACAUUCAAGUGGGCAAGAUGUUCCUUAUGUUUCAAGGGAGAUGUCGUGACCAGUGUUGACGGCCUAGUUGAAGCAUUUGAUGCAGCACGCGACAAACCUGACAAAAUGCUGAAGCUGGAUUCGGCCCAAAAUCAAUUAGUCGUCAAGGACCACCCGAAGGACAGAGAGACUGAUGUGACGAGUGACCUCUCAUUAUAUCAAGCUAUGACGAGAAGAGCACUUGCAACGGACUUGGUCGGCUUCGCUAGCUACGGCACUGUCAUGAAGUUCGUGAAUCGUCUGUUCAAUCUUCUGAAUCAGCAGCCUGCCGCUGGCUUCAUGAAGCCUUCGACGUCGCAGCUGCUCCGCGCGGACAGGCAGUGUUUUAUGCGGCUUGCUGAGAUGGUGGCGCCACCGUUCACUGUCAAUGCUGCGGGCACCUUGCCCGUCGAUUUAGCUUUCGACCAGCUCCACAAUGAUGUCACAAUCACCUACCAUAUGUUGCCAGUGCCAGCGCCCAAAAAGGCCGAGGAGGUAAGUGGCGCCGGACUGGAGCCUAUCCUCCUGGAUACAACUGGCGAGUAUGACGAGCUCGUCUUUGGUGUGUUUUGGGACGAGUUGCAGUUUCUGGAACAGAUUGCUAAGGCGGGGCACCCUCAACAUUUGUUCUUGCAAUCGCUGGCUCGUACCUGUGAUGCCUCUCAUGCGCAUGAACCUUACAGUUUGACAUUGGUUGAUGGCGUUUGGACUUUCAGCACUGCUGCUGAAGGAGCCUAUCCAGCCUUGUUUUUGCAAACGGUUUGCCACCAUUCUUGGCAAGCUCUUUCAGGUGACACCUCGCCCUCCUCCAGCUGCGCUCGCCUUUCGUUAGUGCCCGAGCUUCAUGUCAUCAAACUCCAGUCACCUCCAACAGACCUGGACGGCUGUAAGGUUUUUGAACCGACUGAUUCAACGGGGGAAGGUGCACAGUCUAGUUUAUGCAAGGUGCGUUUUUACGCCACCCCGCGGCAGUUUGUGAGCAAGGCAAAAGCUUUGAAUCACCCAAUGGACGCUGACAAUCCGGUAUCCGACUGGGUUAAGCGAGCAAUCUUUUCAAUGAUGACAGUUGAUUCUGCAAGCCUUGCCCUCCAACGUGCCACGAGGCUGAAACAAAUUCUGACAUGGAAGUCUCAGCUUGAGAAGGAUGAACAGAAGCUCACCAACUCUCUGCCAGCUCACUCUAAGGUCAUCAUGGAGGGCAAGCAGGUCCUCCUUAUGCAGCGACGGCUAUGA